AUGGUUAAAGGUGGUGGUGCUUUGUUCAAUGUUGAGCCCAAGAAGACAGGAAUUGCCAUCUGACUCCUUUUUAAGGAGGGAGUGAUGGUGGCCAAGAAAGAUGUUCACAUGGCUAAACACCCAGAGCUGGCAGACAAGAAUGUGCCCAACCCUGUCAUGAAAGCCAUGCAGUCACUGAAAUCACGUGGCUAUGUGAAGGAGCAGUUUGCUUGGAGGCACUUUUACUGGUAUCUGACCAACGAGGGUAUCCAGUAUUUGCGUGACUAUCUUCAUCUACCCCCUGAAAUUGUGCCUGCCACCCUGCGCCGUAGCCGCCCCGAGACGGGCAGACCGAGGCCCAAAGGUCUGGAAGGUGAACGCCCUGCUCGUCUUACUCGGGGAGAGGCUGACAGAGAUACCUACAGACGCAGUACUGCUCCACUUGGUGCUGACAAAAAGGCUGAGGCUGGUGCAGGAGCAGCUACUGAAUUCCAAUUUAGAGGUGGAUUCGGUCGUGGACGUGGUCAGCCUCCUCAGUAGAAUUCUCUGGUCAUAUUUUUGUGUAUAAUAAAAUAGGUGAAAAUCUCA